CUAACUCACCUUCUUUCUAAUUAAAUUUCUUUUUCUCUCUGAAAGCUAAACUCACCUUCUUUCUAAUUAAAUUUCUUUUUCUCUCUGAAAGCCAAACAUAUUUCCAGUACUUCUCUCAUGCCUUGCUCCAUUUAAACACAUACCCCUCCACACAUCAAUCCAAUUUUGUUUUCUUUCCCAGGCAGACCGAACUGAUCAAUGUUUCUACUUCUCCUCCUCCAACCUUUUUCUACUUCCCCAAACAGUAUAAUGGGUUUUGUUGAUUUGUUGUAUUGUGGUGGGUGUUUUCUUCCUCAUACCUCUCUUCUCCGUUUUGGAACUGUGAAAAUGCUGAAAGUGCCAGAGCACCAGGUGGCGGGUCACAUGGCAAAGAACGACGUUCUGGGUCUGCUGGUGGACGAUUCUGGAAAGUUCUACACGCCACUACAGGAACACGACAGGGGCUCCGCCGAGCUCUCCUUCUACACCUCCCUCGCCGUCCCACCCUCCAUCCGCCCCUUCUUCCUGGCAUUCCAUGGCACCGUCGUCGUCCCCGCCUCCGACGGCUCCGGCCCCCACACCCACCUUCUCCUCCAGGACCUCAUCGCCCCCUACACCAAACCCUCCGUCAUGGACGUCAAAAUCGGCUCCCGAACCUGCCACUAAGUCAGGGUCCUCGCUCUCCGUCGAGCUCUCUCCACCACCAUCGCGUGGUCGCCACUGUCGAGCUUGCCGCCGGCGUUGCCUAGGGCCAAUGGCGCUUCCUAGAGCCGGUGGUGCUGCUCCCCUCUUCUUUUUCUGUGAGAUAUGUCUUCCCUCCAACUUGGGGCAUGUCGUUGUGCCUUCCACCUUGGAACAAGCCACCACCAGAGGUUCUGUCAACGCCUCCGUUGGCGCCCCUAGUCGCCACCCAUGGCCACCACCGGGCUUGCAAAUGGAGUAGGUGUUGGCGACAUCGUCUCCCUUCAUCUCUUAUCUCUGCUAUGAUUAGUGUUGGCAAUGAAGAUGGCAAGGCUUAGGGUUUAUUGUUCUGCUUUUGGGUUCGUCCAAAAUUGAAUGUCACGUCAAACAUACACUAACGCCACAAUUUAACAAAAAGGAUUAAUUGUUACAAUUUUCAUAAAUUUAGGACUCAAUUCAGAUUUUCAUAAACAACGAGGACUGUAAGACCUUGGAAAUUUAACUCAAAAACCCACCUGUCAAAUCUCAUUAAUUACUCCCCAAAAACCCUGCUCAGUGCUUUAAAAACGCACUCACAAACUCUGACGCACAAUUGCCAAGUUUCAAAGUGGAACAUUCUGAAGUCAGUAGUGGAAGAAAGGUGUCCGUAUGAGAGUGCACGUUCGUUUUUGCCUUUGGAAGAAAAAUGAUUUUCUGAAACACUUCUUCCCACUCUCUGCAUGCACCCUUCUUCCUCCUGAGAAAACUGAGUUUUCAUUUCCUCCUCCUUCUCUCUAGAAAACCUUUCCCUUCUCUCUACUGUAACUCACUCUUCUCUGCUCCAAC